UGGGAUUAUUACACACACUCCAGACAGAGCUGCAACAGCAACAGCAGCAGCAGCAGCAACAGGAGCCCGACUACAAGGUCGUCGGGUUCAUUGUUUAAAAAAAAAAAAAGGCAGAAAGCGCACGGAUCGGAGCCGCCGAGCAAAAUAAAGUAGGUAUCUUCCCAAGAUGUUUUGGACGCUAUUCCCACAUUGCAGUUUGGCCGUGUUCAUCCUUAGCUGUUCGUUGCCGGCCCACGGGAGACCUGCGCAGGGGAUCAAUGGGCGAGUGCGGAGGGCAGUAUCGGAGCACCAGUAUCUCCACGACAAAGGCCGGGCCAUCCAAGAGCUGCGGCGCAGGAUAUUCCUCCAGAACCUGAUGGGCCGAGUGAACACGGCGGGACUGCACGCGCCACCGGACGAGGCCUUGCUCCCCGCCACCAGCGUGAAGAACUACAACACCCUGCGCACGGUGGCAGAAGAAGAGGGGGCCACCACGCACCUGACUCAGGAGACACAGAAAUCACUGAGCUACAAGGAGCCCUCUCCGAAAACCCACGGCAAGAAGAAAAAAGGCAAGCCGGGAAAGCGCAAAGACCAGGAUAAGAGGAAGAGACAGGAGCGCUCAGCGCUGGAAAGUCUGCAAGACCCACCGGGAUCGGCUUUUUGGUUGGAAGAAUUAGAUUACAGGACGCAGUGAAUAUUUGACUGGAGAAUACUUGCAUUUUGGAGAAAAUCGGAAAUAUAAAAAAAAAAAAAAAGACGUGCGUCAGAGAAUAUUCUGGAUCCGUACAUACGAGCUGUAUUUAUUAUCAUCCACGUGCGCUGUCCCUUCCCGCCAUUUGUAAAACUGCACAGUCGCAUUUCGGCGGCCUCCCCCCUCCCCCCCCCCGUCUCUUAUUUAUUGGUUGAAUUAUGUAUUUAUUGUUUGACCCUUGUGCUGCUGCCCUCCUUUUUAUAAAUGUUGCACUUUACGUUCAAAAAACUCGCAGAAAAUCCUUGAUUUUUUUUUUUCUAUUUUUUGAUAUUGAAACCGAUAUAGCAUUUUGUGCAUGUAGAAAAAUGUGGUAUAAUUUGUACAGAAUUGUGUAAUAAAUCCGGUGUAAAAAAAAAAAAAAAGAAAAGAAAAACGAAAAAAAAAAAAACCGUUAUGUCUGAUUUCGGACGCCCAGUGACAUUCCAGUAGCCCGACGACUCCUGGUCAGCUUUGCUGUAUCUGUAACCUAAACAUCUGGAUACAGUGGCCUCUGUCCUAUAAAUAAAGUUCUUUUCUCUCGGGCCCUUA